UCGGCCCGGCCCGGCGCCGCACGCGGCCGCCUGCUCCCGGGGGUCACUGCGGGGCUGGCACCGGGGCGGCCGCGGCUCCGCGCCGCUUCCUGCCGCCGCCCUUAAAGGUGCGGGGCGGCCCAGGGUGCGGGCUGGGCGUGACUUGACCCGCGGAGUCAGGAUGAUCCAGAGGCACCAGCUGGUGCAGUCUGUGCUGCAGGAGCUACAAGAAGCCACCGAAUGCUUUGGUCUGGAGGGCCUCACCAGUGCUGCGCUGGAGGCGGAGAGGACCUUGUCAUCUUUCUCCCUACCUGGCUAUUGUGGGAGUCAGUUCCAAGAGGAGCUGGAGGUUGACCGAGUAGCCAGGAGCCUCUAUCCUGAGGAUGCCCCAAGUAACAUGCUGCCUCUCGUUUGCAAAGGUGAGGGAAACCGCCUCUUUGAGGCUGCCAGUGUGCUGCUCUGGGGCAACCCCAGCCUCAGCCUGGAGCUGCAGGUGCGUACUGUGGUGGAGAUGCUGCUGCACAAACAAUACUACUUGAAUGGCAUGAUUGAUUCCAAAGUGAUGCUGCAGGCUGCCCGCUAUUCCCUCUGCACUGAGGAGACCCCAGAGAUGACCAGCCUCCCCAUGGCUAUCCUGGAAGCCAUCUUUGAUGCUGAUAUCAAAGCUACCUGUUUUCCUGGAACCUUUGCCAACAUGUGGCAUGUCUAUGCUCUUGCCUCAGUACUGCAGUGUAACAUCUACUCCAUCUAUCCUAUGAGCAACUUGAAGAUCCGACCCUAUUUUAACCGGCUUAUCCGGCCCAGGAAGUGUGGCCCACGAACCUCCACGCUACACAUCAUGUGGUCUGGGCAGCAGCUUUCCCAGCAAGUCUUCAAAGCGCAGUACUUUGUGGCUGUGGUUGGCCUGGAGGAGCUGGAGCCCACAAUACCUUCACCAGAGCCUCCUGUCCAGCCCAUGAAGACUCUUGAGCUGCUGAACAGUGACCCUCAGUUGACCUACUCCAACCUGCGUGACCGCUACAGCAUUACCAAGAGCACCUUCUACCGCUGGAAGCGCCAGUCUCGUGAACACCGGCAGAAAGCGGCUGCCAGGUUUGCAGCUAAACAUUUCCUCCAGUCCUGCUUUCAGGAGGGCAAUGUAAUCCCCCUCCAGCACUUCCGACAAAUGUUUCCAGAAAUCUCCCGAUCCACGUACUAUGCCUGGAAGCAUGAGAUGCAGAGCAUGGUCAAUGGUGAUGCCUCUGCUCUGUCUGAGGCCCACAGGUUGCAGGAACUUCACAGGGUUGUCCCAAAAAAGGCUGAUGUAAAUGAGCCAGCAAAUCCACAGGGGAGCUUAAAAUCCUCAAGUCCUUCCCUAGAUCCCAUUCAAGCAGGAAUCUUUAUGCAAGGAGCCAAAUCCUACCUGGAGAAAUGCAUUUCCAUGAACACUCUGGUGCCUUACAGGUGCUUCAAACGCAGCUUCCCUGGCAUCUCCAGGUCCACUUACUAUAACUGGCGAAGAAAAGCAAUCAAGGAGAACCCCAACUUCAAACACCCCCAAUCACCCUUGGAUAACCAGAAAACUCUGGCUAUAGGAAAGCCAUUCCUGCAGUUGAAGCCAAGCAGCGUGCCUGUUAGGAAGAGACGGAAUGGAGACCGGUCAGCGUCCAGGAGUCUCCUGCAGCUCCAUCCUUCUCUGUGCUGGAGAAAGCAGCUGCGAGAUGUGGCCAGGAGGCAGGUCCAGCAAUGGCAGCUGCCGUUCUGCAAGUACCGCCUGCGCUAUCCAUCUCUCUCCUCCACAGCCUACUGGUUUUGGAAGGGCAGUGGCCAAACCAUUUGGCAGCAUCGUCUGCCGUGGAGCAGCUCCAGCCUGCCAUUGAACCGUGUGGCUUCCCUGGCACCUCCAAAAGCAGAGCCAGGCCUCAAACCGCAGUGCCAUUUGGAGGCAGCCACCAAGCACAUAGAUAAGCUAGUGCCUGCCAUGCCAUACAACACCACCGUUUCAAGCUAUGCCAUGUCGGAGAGAGCCAACAGCCGGAUGUUUGUGAUGGAUGUGAUUGCCACUGCCCAAUUCAAGGCACAGGCCAAGCUGUUCCUGCAGCAGCGCUUUGAGUCGAAGACCUUCCCAACCUACAAAGAGUUCAGUGCCCGCUUCCCGCUCACGGCCCGUUCCACCUAUUACAUGUGGAAGCGUGCUCUGCACGAUGGGCUGACAUUGGUGGAUGCCUGAGCACCAGCUGCCAGCUUGCUUGGCCACAGCUCCUCUGCUGAUGUGCCCUUUGGCUCUCUGGUGGGGUGCCCAGGUUGGGGGCCUCGCUAAUUUUUGUUCUGGUUUGGUUUUGUUUUGUUCCUAGUCUCUGGCUUUCUUUUUUGUGUGGUUCAAUCAGGUAUGGGAGCAUCCUCACAGUGCCUAUUCCCAGAGGCUGGAGGAGUGGAAGGAAAAGGCAUUGAGUAUCCCAAGGGAGAGAGGCCAGGUAAUUUUCCUCUCUUUGUGCUCAGAGGAUGAGCAAGGGAGGUAGUACUGUGCCAGUGUCAUGGGAUGCUGCUGGGCCUCAUGAGAUGGAGGAUGUGAAGGUCCCUCUGUUCUGGCAGUUGCUUGAAUGAGUAAUGCAGAUGUGCAGGAUGAGUAUGGAGGUGCCAUAGCAUCUCAUCAGUGUACAGAGUAGUACUGGCUCAGCUGUAGGUGAGGAGAAGUUUGGGGAGUGCUCAGCUUUAUGUAAGAAGCAUCUUUGGUCUGGGCUUUUUCCAGCUAAAGACAAUUAAAGCUUCACUUGGGGUGAGUGAAGCUCUGGCUUUUAAUACCAGUCUGUGGCUGACCUGAUCUUUCCUAGAUGGAGCAGAGGCUGGUAGAUGAGGGUUUUUUGUGUCCUCACUGUAGUCUGUAUGCUGGGCAUGCUAAGCUAUGAGUCAGUGUCUUUUGCAGGCUCUGGAGAAGCUGUCCCUGACCUUCCAGGUCUUGUAGCAAUAACUUUUCAUACAAACCAUUCUCUCAGCUGGCAGCUGCCUUACUUUUCUAGGGUCUCUCUUCCCUGAUGUCUAGGAGAAUGCAGAGACUGCAACUUGUGUUCCCAGUGUCCCUGCGUCCCCUGUGCUGUGCUGCAAGCAGGAUGGAUGCCUGUCUCUUACUUGUAACAAACCAAAGU